GGUCAAAAAAAUAAAGAGAGAAUGAGCGGAGGGAUAGUGUUUCAGCAGCUGAGCUUCCUAUCCCACCACCGCCCUUACCAUUUACUGACUGGGCAGGCUCCGCCACUUGCAGUUUCUUGUCCAAGACUUCACUUCAUCGCUCGUGUUUCUUCCUCUUCUGCAGACCAGUGGCUGGACCCAAAAACACAGCGGAGAAACAAGAGAAUAGCUGGAAUUGAGCAAGAUGAACUGUUGGAACCUCAUCAUUUAGCUGAUCCAGACAGUUGCUUUUGCCAGUUUCAAGGAGUCCGCAUACACCACAAGCUCUGCACUCCUCCACCACUACCACAACCCUCCAACAUUAACUCUGCCUUCCCCCCUGUGAUCCUAUUACAUGGCUUUGGAGCAUCUGUUUUCUCUUGGUCCCGAGUUAUGAAGCGCCUUGCGGAGGUUGCCACUUCUAAAGUUCUUGCCUUUGACAGACCUGCUUUUGGAUUAACAUCAAGACCUGAUUCUUUCACGCUGGAUGAUACAAAACCAUUCAAUCCUUACUCCAUGGCGUUUGCCGUCCUCGCUACCUUGUAUUUUAUCGAUUUCUUGGCAUCUGACAAGGCUAUUCUAAUUGGGCAUUCUGCUGGUUCUCUUGUAGCUGUCAAUGCAUAUUUUGAAGCUCCAGAAAGAAUUGCAGCUUUAAUCCUUGUUGCCCCAGCAAUAAUUGCUCCACGUGCUGCUCAUAAGGUUUCUGGAAUAAAUGAAGCAGCAAGUGAUACACACAGUAAAAAAUAUGGAUCAAAUUCAAAUAUAUUCACAGAACUUUCAAUCAAGCUACUAGAGAUUUUGUCAAAGUUUACAGCAAACAUUGCUCAGGCAAUGAUGCAGAUGGUUAAGGGAACGAAGGAGAUGCUUAACUCUAUGUAUAAGAAAAUGCUGUCAGCCAUUUUUUGCUCUGCCUUUGGUGUAAUGCUGAUAAGGACGAUAAUUGAUAAAUUUGGUAUAGCAGCAGUGAGAACUGCUUGGUAUGACUCAAAUCAAGUUACAGAACAUGUUCUAGAUGGUUAUACGAAGCCACUAAGAGCCAAGGGCUGGGACAAGGCUCUUGCAAAAUUUACUGCAGCAGCAGUUGCAAGUUCCGAAUCUGAUUUAAAGCUACCUGUUUCCAAAAGACUCCAUGAAAUUUCGUGUCCUGUUUUAAUUGUCACUGGCGACAGUGAUCGAAUAGUUCCUGCUUGGAAUGCUAAGAGACUCUCACAAGCUAUACCUGGAUCUUCCCUUGAAAUAAUUAAGCAUUGUGGUCAUUUGCCCCAUGAAGAGAAGGUGGAAGAGUUUGUUUUAGUUGUUGAGAAGUUUCUGCAAAGAGCUUUUUCUGAUUCAAUGGAAGCAUCUCUUCAAACUAUUAUUUAAACUGCAUGUACAACUGUAUACUAUUUCAUUAUUUUGACUUUACAGUGGUAUAUGUUAACUGUGUCCAUAUGCACGAAAUAUUCAGCCGUUUCAUUGUUUUUGUUUGUAAACGGGAAGUUGUAGUUAUGGUUAUUGCAGGAUCUACUGAUAAUCAGUGUGCUACUUGAUAUUA